UCAAAAACUUUGUUGGGGUUCUCAGGGCGAAUUUACUAAAUUCGCUUUGACGUUUACACACCAGUUCGGUAACAGCUGUUAUUCUUAGAGGAUGUCGGGAUUGUUAAUUUUACGUGCACUGAGGUUCCGGGUAAUUCAGAGUACCGGACGCGUUUUCAUCAAUAAAGAAUCGUGGAAAUCAUUGGCUUCGUCCGCAAAAGUGUUUAAGACUAUAGCUACAAAUCAUGAAAACCUGCUAACAUCCAGAUCAUUUACUUCUGCAAGCCAAAAAAGUGAUAGCAGAAAUGAAAACAUUUUGGAUACCAAUACAUAUGAGCGCGUAUGCAAUGAAACAUUAGAUACGUUAUGUGACUACUUUGAAGAACUGAUAGAAGAUGCCAAGGUUUUAUCCUCCAGUGAUGUUACUUAUGGUGAUGGAGUACUUACCAUCAAUUUGGGCAAAGAAUAUGGCACCUAUGUAAUAAAUCGGCAAACACCCAAUAAACAAAUUUGGCUAAGCUCACCUACUAGCGGUCCUAAACGUUAUGAUUUCGUAGCGACAGCUGGGAGGUCGGGCCGGUGGAUAUAUAAACACAACGGCGAAUCUUUGCACCAACUUUUACAAAGAGAACUACAAGAAAUAUUAAGAGGACAGGAAUUUGACUUUUCUCAACUAGUUUACGGGGAUUAAAAGCCUCUAAAUAUAAAUGAGCACUUUUUAUUAUUUAAAAAAGCCUACACAAUAAAUAUUCCAGUAUAAUAUGGAGUAUAUAGAGCUUA